CGUCCAUUCCACACGCAAACCCAGCAAACUUGCAGACUCCACUCGUGUGGCGAUCGUCCUCGGUGCGGCCACUCAGCCCUAGCUCGGCCUAGAACCUGCUGGGUCGGGCUUCACUAGUGACCCGGACGAGUAAGCUUGCGAAAGCUCCGAUAAGAACCUGCCAACUGAUUACAGAUUGACCACUCCCUCGUCCGGUCUCCCAUCAUCCAGACUUCAAGGCGGCCAUCCCCGGGUCCCCUACCGUACCUGUACUCUGCACCAGACGGCCUCGCUAUCCCACCAAGUAAAGAGCGGCAGAGGUCGCGCUUCUCGGGGGCCCCCGAGGGAUCAGCGGAGACCCCUUCGACUCCACCGCUCAGCUCACAGCUCCGAUGGUUUCUUUCUGCCUAGACAAUUCAACUGAUUGCCUCCCCAAUCCCACUCCAGGCUGGGCUAGUACCUUCAUUUUACAUCAGCAAGGACGAUAGGGAAAGCAAUGGAUCUCCUCGCCCAUGUCGAUAGUGCCCUAGAGGCGGCAAAUAUGGAUGCCAUCGACGCCCUGCGCGCCUUCUUCCUCCUCGCUGCCGCCACGACCGUCUCGGUCAGCAUUCCCUCCGCUCUGCACGACCGUUUCGUCCUUUAUGGCCCGCGUGCGACCGUGACCGCGACGGGCUCGGAGCCCGUCGCCGGGUCCCGCCCAGCAGCGCAAUCCCAGACACAAGCCCAAGCCUCGGGUUCGGGUUCGGGGCUACUCGAUUACCUUGCAACCUGGCGAGUACCGCACAGCUACUUCACCCAGUUUUACAUUGCCUCCGUUGCAUCUUCGGUGUUCUGGGCGGCGCAGUUGUUCUGGCGUGGGUGCGUGUUCGAGGCGAUCGCGUCCCGUGUCAGUGAGGAGCAUCUACAGCAGUCGAUGUCGCUUACACAGCUGCUUAUUUGCUGGGUCCUCCUCGCCAUCCAGGGGUCGCGUCGUCUAUGGGAAAGCAUUAUCUUUGCAAAGCCCUCUUCGUCGAAGAUUUGGUUUGCGCACUGGUUGCUAGGGUUGGGGUUCUAUCUUGCAGCGGGCAUUGCUAUCUGGAUUGAAGGAUCAGGCGCAAUCCUGACCCGCAGCCUCACCCUCGCCGACCUACAGAUUACCAACGCGCCCACUGUCCGAACCUUCGUUUGCGUCCCGCUAUUCCUGAUAGCAUCCGGUCUGCAGCAUGACUGCCACCACUUUCUCUUCUCCCUGAAGAAAUACACCCUCCCGGAUCACCCAAUCUUCCGCGGCAUCGUUUGCCCGCACUACGGGGCCGAGUGUUUGAUCUACCUGUCGCUCACGUACUUGGCCGCACCGCCCGGCCAAGUGGUCAACAAAACUAUGCUGAGCUGUCUGGCCUUUGUGGCAGUCAACCUCGGCUUGACGGCACACAAUACCAAAAAGUGGUACAUGCAAAAGUUUGGCCGAGAGGCGGUGCGAGAUCGGUGGCUCAUGAUUCCAUAUAUCUACUGACCGUGUAUAAUCAACAUUGGGUGUUGAGAAACUGAGACGACUCGAGAGAAUGAUAUUACAUCUAUCUCCACAAACUGUCUGUGCCAUGCAUGGCAAGGGCCCCCUCGGGUAUAACCAGAAACCAAAAUACAAAAAAGUGAAGAAAGAAAAAUGCAUGAGUGCAUCACCGACCACCCAAGAAUUUCAGCGUAUUUCCCACCUUGGCAACCUUCAAAACAUCCCGAUAUGUCAAACUCGUCCUCGUCACCCUCUCAUACGAUCCUCCCCAAAACCCAUCCUUGUCCCCCAACAACCCCCAAUUACAAAUAGUCUCAGCCCCCAAAUCGCCAUCCACUACUCUCUCCGCAAUCCCAUGUAAGAAAUCCGAAUACAUCUUGCCCCGAGUAACCAAUAAACUCCUCCUCUCCUGUAACACCCGGAAUCGUGGUAUUCGCAGAGAAUCGGCCUCCGGCUCCGGCUCUGGCUCUGCCUUUUCCUCUCUUAUACUCCCUUCCUCGCCCUCUUCCUUCUCGCUCUCCUUAUCAUACAGAUCCAACACGAUAGCCGCCCCCAGGCUCACAGUCGCCACGAGCGGAUAAUAGGCCGGUCCAUCCUCAUGCGGCAUAAUCCCCUGACCGGGACGGUACUCGUUGAUCAAGACAUGGUUCGGUGCGGAGUGCGGUGCGUCGGCGAAGAUGCCUAGUUGUUCGAAGCGGGGUUCGAUAAUGGGGGUUAUCAACCACGGUGGCAGUGGGGAGGAGAGGAGGGUGUUUGUUUUUGUUAGAGCGGAGGGCCAGGUUUGGAGGCGCCGGUGGGUCAGAUGGGUCCAGCGGGGGAGUGGUGCUGAAGAUAUCUAGAGAGAGAGAGA